AUGAGACAAGCUAUUUUCUCCUCCAGCGACGACGCCUCUGCUUACCUUGCAAGCUAUGUGAUCGACAGAAUCAACGACUUCAAGCCUACGGCGUCUAAACCAUUCGUGCUUGGUCUUCCUACGGGCUCUUCCCCAGAGGGUGUCUACUCUCGUCUUGUCAAGGCCUACAAGGCUGGCAAGGUCUCCUUUGCUAAUGUUGUCACCUUCAACAUGGACGAAUACCUUGGGCUUGAGCCUUCUCACCCACAGCUGUACCACUACUUCAUGUACGACAAGUUGUUCAACCAUGUGGACAUUCCAAAGGAAAACAUCAACAUUUUGAACGGUCUUGCAGCUGACGCCGAGAAGGAGUGUGCUGCCUACGAAGCCAAGAUCAAGAAGUACGGACGCAUCAACUUGUUCUUGGGCGGUUUGGGUCCAGAGGGCCACUUGGCAUUUAACGAGGCUGGCUCCUCUAGAGACUGCAAGACGCGGAAGGUCGACCUUGUUGAGUCUACUAAGAAGGCCAACUCCAGAUUCUUUGACAAUGACCCAGAGAAGGUUCCAUCCCACGCCUUGUCUGUGGGUAUUUCUACUGUCUUGGACAACUCUGACGAGAUUGCCAUCAUUGUCUUGGGCGCCAACAAGCAGUACGCUUUGGACAAGACCAUGAACGGUCAGGCCAACGACCCACAGUUCCCAUCCUCAUACUUGAGAGACCACAACAAUGUCUUGAUUGUGUGUGACCACCCAGCUGCCGGUUUGGGCUCCAAGUUGUAA